UCGAUAGCUAUUGCGUUUUAGUGGCAGUCUGAAGCGAAGUUCGGCGGACGAGAGAUGACGUUGAUACUACUGGCCGCCCUGUCGAGCAUCUACACCGGGAUGUUCAAUUACGUGAAGGCCAAAUUCCCGUUCGUGAUCGAGGCCGCCAUGGUGACUCUGUGCUUUGGCUCCAUCGUCGGCCGAUUCUGCAUAAUGGUUUAGGAGAAAACUGAGGAGGCUCGAGACUGUGCGAAUCGGAGGAACUUUAUGUAUAUUUAUAUGGAUGUGUCUUGUGGCCUUAUGUGAAUACAACUAAAAACUUAAAUCUAAA